CCUCCUCCCCCGCCUCCUUCUCCAUCCCUCCUCCUCACAUUUCCCCGGUGCUGCUGCUGCUGCCUCCGUGUCUUCGGUGCGGUACACCGCAGCCAUGGUGGACUCUCCCAGCGCGAUGAAGAAGACCUUCUCGGUGCCGGAGAUCAAACCGCUGGACCAGUACGACUUCAAUCGAGCCAAGAUCUGCGCCAGCGUUCGGUGGCUGCUGUCGAAAUCCUACGGCUCUGCAGAGAACGUUCCGGUGGAGUUGCGCGAUCCGCUCUAUAAGGACCAGUAUGAACAAGAGCACCUCAAGCCGGCUGUCUCCAAGCUGCUUCUCUCCCCGGAGAUCUACUGCAGAGCUCAGGCACUGCUUGCCCAGGCACACGGGGUCUCUCAGCCAGCAUCGCAGGGGUCUCCAGCUGAUAACUCUGCCCUCCUGCAGUUCCUCAUUAAGAAAGGUUUCGCUCCGAAGGUCCAGGAUGCCGAUGUCACAGAGGAGGACCUUAGCAGUAGCCCUAUUAAAACGAAAGCCCACCUCGCCCUUAUUGACUCGCUGAUGUCACUGGCUACCAAAGAGACGGUGGGUCAGGUGAAAAUGGCGGUGGAGGCGGAGCAGAUGGGUGUUGGAGCGCCGUGGGAGAAUGGACUGCUCUUCUGGGUCAACAGGUUGAACCAGAAGCUAAGAGAAAGCACAGAAGAAGAAGAGCCGCCUAAGUCACAGAAUUGCACAGACUUGCAGCCUGUUCAGGACUCGUGUCAGUCCACCCGGUGGUACUGGAAACUAGUCCCCCAUGCUAUCGCUUUUUGUUUGAAGGAGUCGGGGAAUAAGCCGCCAGUGAUCCGCUAUAGGAAGGACAAAGUGCAGUCUAAGUUGACUCCCACUUUCCCUCUGGUUUCUGCGGUCAAAGAUCUGUCUAACGGCUGCGCAAUAGCUGCUGUGCUGCACUAUUACUGCCCCAGCUUGCUGCCUCUAGAGGAUGUGUGUCUGAAGGAUACCAUGUCAGUAGCUGACUCUCUCUACAACCUGCAGCUGAUCAAAGAGUUCUGUGAGAGCAGCUUGCAGAGCUGCUGCCCCCUUGCUGUGGAGGAUAUGCUCUACGCGCCACUGACUCUGCAUCUUAACAUCAUGAGCUUCAUAGCAGAGCUGCUGGAGUGGUUUGAGAUCAAGAAACCUGAUUUUGUCCAGCCCGUACAGCCCAUUGACCUCACAGAUGUCUCAGGGUUAACUGACUGUAUUAGUCCCGUCACUGGUAACAGCAACAGCGGUUCUCCUUCUUUCAUCUUUAAACAACCAUUUGUACCCAUCUCCUCUCCAGUUUCACCAGAAAACAAAAGCUGGACAAAGAAACAAAUCAGUCGUCCUCUGUCAGCAGUGACUUUCAGCAUCCCAUUUGGCCUGGACAGUGAUGUUGACAUUGUCAUGGGAAACCCAAUAGAUUCUGUCUUUCGCUCCGUCAGCACUGACAGCCUCGCCACCGCCAUCCCGGCAAUGACGUCCCCGAUGACAUCAGCAGGGAUGACUCGUGUCCCGUACAGCCCUCCGGAGGAUCUCAGCCACCUGGUCAGCGCUUCAGCCCCAUCGCAGCGCUCUUCCUGGGGUCCAUAUGCACACACUGCACAAAUGGGAGAGCUGCCGACCAUUGAGGAGGCGAUGCAGGUCGUCCAUAGACCAGGCAGCAAAGACCAGAAGAAGGGAAGGGUACCUGAGAAAGGUGGGAAAGGAGCUUUGGCAGACAGGCCAGAGCCCAGGUUACGUCCUGAAGGAGCUCCAGCAGGUUUCUUUUUGCACUCGCCUGAAGAGGAUAAUCCCCAGCUCAGCAGCUCUGCUCCGUGUCGCUCCGGAAUCCUCUACCGGCCAGUUGGAGGAGAAGUGGGCAGCAAUGAAAGGCAAGGAAGGAGAGAAAGCCGGGAGAGGUCAGGACGUUCUGAUAUGUCACGUGAUGACGACUCUGUACUGCGAGAUGGCAGCGUCGACUCCUCGGAAGCAUCGGACGAUAUGCCCAGAAACGCCCCGGGUAACAUACGACCCAGUAGCGGUCGUCAGGGAAACCACAGCACCAGCAACAGUCCACGCAUGACGAGCUUUGCUGAGCGACGAGACAACCGAAGAAGACACCCUGCUGCUACUGGGGAAGAGUCGGCUUCUGCUCAGACUCCAACAACCCCAGCAACUCCAAACACACCCUCCACCCCAGCAGGUGCAGUAGGGUGCCAGGACAGCCCAGGUCCCAGAGGUCCGGAACCUGGCUCUGAGGCCUGGGAACUGGGAGUUCGUCUUGAGGAAAAACGCAAAAGCAUCGAAGCUCAAAAAAGACGUAUCGAAGCUAUUUUUGCCAAGCACAGGCAGCGGCUUGGAAAAACUGCUUUCCUUCAACUGAAAAGAGAGCAAGGAGAAGGAGGAGGUGAGGCAGCGGAUGAUAAUCUGACCCUUGAUGAGCGUCUCACUCGCAUGGAGGAACAACUGAAACAGGAGGAGGAGAAAGAAAAGCCAUCUGUUUCCAAUCCUCCGCGGUUAGAGAAACAGGUCACAUUCUCUAUUGAAAGUAAGAAAGGAUCAGAGAUAGAAAAAGGAACAGAGAAAGUGGGGGAAGCCGUUUUAGUGGAAUACAACGAGGUGGUGCAGAAACUCAGUGAGGCUCUGCAGUCGCUACAGAAGGACAUGCAGAAACUUACCGAGCAGCAACAGCAACUCAUGAGCAACCAAAGACCCAAAAAUAUGCUCAGAACAACUCCAAAAUCAACAACUAGAAGUAAUACCAAAACACCAUCCAAAACCCCUCCUCACACUCCAACAAAAACACCACCAAGAACUCCGACAAAAACCCCAACCAGGACUACCAGUAAAGCUUGGGUGAUUCCUGCUGGUUCCAAUGCUCCAUCUGCUUCUUCCCCAUCACGCCGGUCUCAUCUUGUUUCCUCUUCCACAUCACCAAAAACUAUUAUAUCUUCCUCCUGCCCAGCUUCUCGCACUAAGAGUCAGUCCACUCCCCGUAGCCCCAAACACCAUCCACGUAUCCAACACCAGCCUCACCCACGGCCUUCCGAACUUAAAUUCCCUCCGCUCAAUCGCGUCUUGACACCAACCCAAACUGUGGACACACUCCCACACCUGCGGCGCGUGUCGCCCAGCAAGUGUCAGGUACAGACCUCUUCUUCCUUCCGUAUCGGUGGACCCCGGACUCCCCAGGAGUCUCCCCAGGCUACCCAGCAGCCACAGGCCGCUGAGAGCACCUCGGACACAGGCUCAAGUGAAACACCCACCCAGUUUAGCCUGGAGUUGGAGCAGGAAGACACAGGGGUCAUUGGAGGGUUGCCGCAACCCAGGCAAGAUCGUCUAAGAGCUGCUGGAGGGAGCAGCUCUGGUGCUCCUUCUGAGUGCUCAUUUGAAAGUGAGACUUUGUCCAUGUCUGCUGCGUACAGCACAGGAGGUGAAGGAGGAAGAGCCGCGGGUGCGGGAAAGCAAUGCAGCCUGAUUGAAGUAUCAUUAUCAUCUCUUGGGGGACCAGAGGGGGGAAGCGAUGAACCAACUGAUGAGGGGCAGGAGUUCUCCUCCGAUUCCAUGAGCGACCACACAGAAUCCGCUGUGGAACCUGCAGAACGACUCCCUGCCGAACCUUUGGAUCCAAUAGAGCGACUAAAUUUGGCAAUAGAAGACAGCGAUGUGCCAAAAGAACAAAUUGGAUCGAAAGGCGGACAUGCAAGAGAGGCGGAGAUGUUAGAACCAGGUGAAGAGCAGAACGAAGUGGGAGCCAAAGGAGGAAUUGGAUUUUUUUUCAAGGACGAGGUUCACAGUGAAGGGGAGAUGGCUCAACGUAGAGCGGUACUGUUAGAACGACAGCAGAAGAGAACAGAGGAACUAAAGAAGAGGAGACAGUGGAAUGAGCAAGAAAGGGAAAUCAGACUAGCAUCCUCAGAAAAAAAAGCGGCAUCACCUUCCAGCACACCUCCUGCAGCCACGACCUCACCUUCUCCUACACCUCCGGCUACUCCAGCUCGCCGUGGAGAUUUUACACGGGGGGAGUACGCAUGGCGGCAACAACUCAGACUCAUGGAGGACCUGGACAAAGUUCUUAAGCAAAAAUCGACUAACCAAGGACGAACUCCCACUAAGAAAAGCCGCUCCCGGCCUCGCAGCAUGACCAGAGAGGAAACGCAGCUAUCUCUGAGUCCCGCCAAGGGAGCGACUGGUACUAAGUUGACCAGAGUCUAUUCUCACUCCUCACUCAACCUGGCAGCCACAGACGAACCAGGAAACAAUGGUGGUGACCCCACAAAGCGACUCCGCAGCACCCGCCCUGAUUCACCUUCAGGUUGUGUAACACCAAGCAGACUGACAAAUGGAGAGAAGGACUCGGAGAGUGGUUCAAAUGGAACUUCACCUGCCCCAGAAUACUCAGGUCCAAAACUCUUCAAGGAACCAAGUUUCAAGUCCAAUAAAUUCAUCAUUCACAACGCGCUCUCUCGCUGCUGCCUCGCAGGGAAGGUCAACGAGUCUCAAAAAAACAAGAUUGUUGAGGAAAUGGAGAAGAGUCCUGCCAACCACUUCCUCAUCCUCUUCCGCGAUUCCAGCUGCCAGUUUCGAGGCGUUUACACCAUGAACCCUGACACCCAGGAGCUUGCGCGAUUGGCUGGGGUGGGCCCACGGACGGUUAGCUCCAUUCAGGUGGAGUCCAUCUACAAAUACAGCUCAGACAGGAAGCAGUUUAGUGCCAUCCCCUCUAAAACGAUGGGCAUGAGCGUGGACGCCUUCACCAUCCCCAGCCAUCUCUGGCAAGGAGGAGGAGCGGGAGGUGGAGGAAGCAGGAGAGCAAGUGUUACUAAGAAGGCUGUCACUUCCAAGUGAGAUCCAGUACACACAGUGGCACAUGGAUGAUGAAAACACUCUAAAUACACUGUAAUUACAGUCAAACUGAAGUGAAACACGAAAAACAUACGUGCACACUGACAGGCCUGUAAAAAACACCUUACCUCUGUUGGCCUCAGAUUUUACAAGAAAUAGAAAAAAAGAAAUUGGAGCGAUUUGUACUCCCCUUCAUGUGCACGAAAGUGUCAACAGCACAACUUUGAGACAGGAGCAGCACACUGACACAGAGGAAGGUUUUGUAAUUACUCAAGGAUUAGUUACUUUUAAAAAGUCUCCUUACGUACACUUUCAUUGUUUGAAAAUACAAACAUGUUUUUUUCUUUUGAAAGAAAAUAGUUGUUUCCUGAAAAACUUCAUGAAAUUACCGAUUGCUAGCCAGUCCUCCCCUUAAGUAAAACACCAGUUUUUUACACAAAGCCAAACGACAGAGAAAAUGCCUUCACGUCAGAGUGUCUGACGGGACCUUCGUUGUGUAUGACGUUAAUUCUACCAGUAACUCUUAGUGGGUGGAUAAAGCACAUUUGUUUUGCAAGAUGAAAGAUAGCCAUAACCAUGUGAUACAUAUAGCAGAGGCGAGCUUUUUCUUUUGGACAUCUGUAAAUGUGUAGCGGUUCUCAGAGAUGAUUACCACAGCAUGAAUGGUUAUUUACUGUACGUGGUAUAAGCUUAUUUCAAAAUAAGAUCACAGUGGAAACUUGUGGUUUUGAUGAAACUAUAUUGAUGGUAUGUGAGCAUUAGAUGCCAAUUUAAACAACUUUUGUAUACUUGGACUUAUCAAAUCUUGAGAAUGGCGUGUCAUAAACAAGCUUAUGUCUAGAAAUACCUGAAUUGUUGUGCUCUUGGGAAGAGAUUGAUACAGACUGGAGUUCCAAGCGUUGCCAUCUUUGUAUUCCCUAAUGAAUCUUUCAUUAAAAUAAAGAAAGUCUUUCACAUUUGUGAAACUAACAAUAAACUGGAGACCAUUUUGCAACUAGAUCACAUCAGCUGCCACACAUUCUGACACCCAACGCAUAAAGAAAUGCAUAAAGCCUAAAUAACAAAAAAAUGAAAUUGCUUACAAAUCGUGGGUUGCAUUGCAUAAGCUCAUCUAUAAAUUAUGCUCUUUGAACUGUGUUGGAAGCAAAAUAUUUUCUAGGUUGAUGUAGACCUUGAACUUCUCAACAGUUCAGAGCCUCUGUCAUAUUUUCUGUUCUUUUCUAUUCUAUUCUAUUCUUUCUUUAUUUUUUGUUUCAUAAUGUGGCAGGUCUGGACUGCAGGCAGGCCAGCUAAGCCACCUGAACUUCUACCGUGGAGCCAUGCUUUAUUAAUGCAAUCGGACCACUCUUUGACUGAGAAACUCUAAGGUCUUUCUUGAAAAUGGGGAAAAGGUCUGUAUAUAUCAUUCAGCUUUAAUGGAGCCCACACAGAUGUGUCCCAUUUCUUUUGUUUAAAAAAAAAAAAACAACAAAAAUUUCCCAGUAUUAAUUUAAAAAUAAACAUUUUUUAAACCCCAUUUUAAAUAUUUGAUGCUUAAUAAAAUAAAACAAGUGUAAGGCCGGUGGCCAGACCACACCACACUUCAUUUUCCUUGUCCCUCCAUAGUUAACACAAUUACAUGGACAUUAGAAGACAGAAACCUGGUCAGUGACUCAGGGAAACGAUUGAACACUGCGAGAAUGAACAUAGCAGAGCAAUUUUGCUACAUAGCAAAGAAACAACAGUGAAACGCACUAUUUGCAAGAUGACACCGUUGCUUUAAAUAUUUACCUGCUGUUCAUAAUAUUAAAGAAGGAACUCGUGUCUUGUUUUAUGAGAAGGACAAGUGAAUUACCUUUUGCUGGUUUUACACCACACGUGGUCGGUCAUAUUCAAAGAUGGCCAGCAGUCAUUUCAUUAUAAUGACACACCUUCUGCAGUAGAAACUUCCCAUUGCAGCAAAAAAGGAAAAUCUCUAUACAGUUGAUGAAUGUCACAGGGCAGUAUGUUUAAGCACCAAAACACCUAAAAAGAUUCAUUAGGGAUUCAAAAGCAUUUGUUAAGGUGAAGUCAGAAUGGACUGAAUGUUACUGAAACGGUUCUCUGCUCUUGGUUGAGUGCACACAGUGAAACUGGUCUCUUUCAAACCAGCAUACAUGUAUGAAAUAACAAACUGGAUUAAACUCCA